CGCUACGCUUUCUGAAAGUCCGUACCACCUCAUCCCCUGCCUUACACCUGGUGGUGGAUUCACCCACACUUUACCCCUCGGCCGUGCUACCUCUAUUAUUGUCUCGCCUUCUUUCUCUCUGUAACCCGGUUUUUUUAUCAGGACUGUGUUCUUGAUCCAAGCCCGUUUCUGUCAAGAUUCGUCGACAUUGAAGAAAUAUUGAGUUCGAAGGCUUACUGGUCUACCAUUUUAGUUUCAUUUCUCGUUGAACUUUGGAGGUGUUGUGGGCAGGGUUUUGAUCAUUUUUGGCUGGAUAUUCGGCCUGGGUUCAAGACAUGGGCAUUUGAUCUUAUUAACUUUUAGGGUUGCUGUUUCAAUUAUAGUGUUUUCCUUGUUUCUUUUCCCUAUCAUUUUUUAUGGCGUUCCAGAACAAUAGGGGAGCGCUGCUCCAAUAGGGUUACCUUUAUGAUUAGGAGCUUCACGGCUUCAUGGAGAUUUCUGAAUCAGGAAUUUGAUGCUAGACGCAGCAAAUAUUUAACCUUCACGAAAUAUUUCUUGACGUUCAUUUGCUCUUCCGUGGUGGUGUAACGUCACGUCCAAGGUUUUGCAGGGGCAGCUUCUCAUCCUCUCCUUCUAGAGUACCCAUAAUUUGAUACUUUUAAUCGAGGAGAUUGUUUGUUCGCCACUGGAUGCUGGUAACUUCUGCUUUGUUUUUGAGUUUCGACUUUGUUGGGGAGUUGGUAUUGUGGCUGAAAAUUUGUACGGUUGACUAUUAAUCUCAAAGAACUAUAAGAGAUUGUUCCUUUCUCCCUACUUGAUGGUUGGUUUAGUGUUGAUUUACCUUGCGCAUUGGUGGGCGAAUGUGUUGAAGGCUUGAAGCAAUAAACUUUUAGUGCUCUCUCUGUACCUCUGUCACCCUCUCAGCCUCUCUCACGAGAGAGGACAGUCUUUUAGACAGCACGGGUUAGCUACGGGUUAGUCUUGUAUGGGCGAUCAUGCUGGCUGGGCACAGCCAAGUGGCCUCUUGCCCAAUGGCCUCUUGCCAAAUGAAGUAGCAUCCGUGCCUCGGGUACUUGACCCAGAGAGAUGGUCUAAAGCCGAAGUGAGAACUGCAGAGCUGAUUGCCUGCAUCCAGCCCAACCCACCUUCUGAAGAGCGAAGAAAUGCUGUUGCGGAUUACGUCCAGCGGCUCAUCAUGAAGUGUUUCUCCUGUCAGGUGUUCACCUUUGGGUCUGUACCUCUCAAGACCUACUUACCAGAUGGGGAUAUUGACCUAACUGCCUUCAGUAAGAACCAAAAUUUGAAAGAUACCUGGGCUAGUGAGGUUCGUGAUAUGCUCGAGAAUGAAGAGCAGAGUGAGAAUGCUGAAUUCCAUGUAAAAGAAGUUCAGUACAUUCAGGCAGAAGUGAAGAUAAUAAAAUGUCUUGUAGAAAAUAUCGUUGUAGAUAUAUCUUUUAAUCAGCUUGGUGGGUUAUGUACCCUUUGUUUUCUUGAGGAGGUUGACCAUUUGAUAAAUCAAAAUCAUCUAUUCAAGCGCAGCAUUAUAUUGAUUAAAGCUUGGUGUUACUAUGAGAGCCGUGUGUUGGGUGCUCAUCAUGGACUUAUUUCAACAUAUGCCCUUGAAACGUUGGUUCUAUACAUAUUUCAUGUUUUCAACAAUAACUUUGCUGGUCCCCUUGAGGUGCUCUAUCGUUUUCUGGAGUUUUUCAGUAAAUUUGAUUGGGAUAACUUUUGUGUGAGCCUUUGGGGCCCAGUGGCCAUUAGUUCGCUUCCAGAUAUAACAGCGGAACCUCCACGAAAGGACAGUGGAGAGCUAUUGCUUAGCAAACUCUUUCUUGAUGCUUGUAGCUCAGUCUAUGCUGUUUUCCCUGAUGGCCAAGAAAACCAGGGCCAACCCUUUGUUUCCAAACAUAUCAAUGUUAUUGAUCCUUUACGUACAAACAAUAAUCUUGGACGCAGUGUCAGCAAAGGUAAUUUCUUUAGGAUUCGUAGUGCCUUCGCGUUUGGAGCUAAAAGGCUAGCCAGAUUACUUGAUUGUCCAAAAGAAAACUUGAUUGCUGAAGUCAAUCAAUUCUUCAUGAACACAUGGGACAGGCAUGGAAGUGGUAACCGCCCGGAUGCACCAAGUUCUGAUUUACGGUGCUUGCGACCAUCAAACCCAGAUCGAGUGGAUGGGUCUGAGAAUCAAAGGAACUAUUCAAGCAGCAAGAAGAAGAGUGAGAAUGUGGGAGGUCAUGAAUCUGAGACUGAGGGGAGGAACACAUUCCAUGGAAUGCCUUCUCAACAAAGUGCUCACCCUUCAGAAGGCAUGUCUAGGACCAGCCAUGUGUCGGCAGUUUCUCGUACUCAAAGCCAAAAGAGUUGUGGCAACGUAAACAGAUCAAGAAUCUCUGAUCAAAUUGCACGGAAUAAUAGUGGGAAUGAGAGUGCACAUAACGAGAAGAGUCAGAGGAGUUCUAAUUAUUUGGUGAAUGAAGUGCAGGGAAGGUAUCAAUUUGCAAGGACACGUUCUAGUCCUGAGCUUACAGACACAUCUGCUGAAAUUUCAACACGAGGAAGGCGUAACAGGGUGCCAGAAACAGUGAAAAACCAAAUCACUUCUGCAAGGCAGGAUUAUAGCAGGAGGAAGAACUUGGUUGGUGAAGUUUCAGGAAGUCAUAGUGCAAGAUCUUCUAGUGAUGAUCCAUCAUCAUUGCAGCAUAGCUCAUCACAUCAAAGCCUUGAUGCUGCUGCUGAUUCAAACAGUGUUUCAAAUAGUUACAAUGAUGAAAAUGGCUUGGGUACCUUGAGUGAGGGGCUUUCAUCUGUUGCUGAGACAAUGGAGAUGCAUCAGGAAGAGCAAGACCUUGUGAACAUGAUGGCGGCUUCCAGGGUCCAUAGUUUCAAUGGACAAAUACAGAUGCCAAUGAAUCUAGCUUCUGCUCACCUACCUCUUCCUAUUUCACCUUCUGUUCUAGCUUCGAUGGGUUAUGCUCAAAGAAAUUUGGCUGGAAUGGUCCCAUCGAAUAUUCCCUUGAUUGAGCCUCCUUGGGGCUCAAAUCUCCAAUUUGCUCAAGGUCUGGUUUCUUCACCAUUCUCCCAUUAUUUCUCUAACGUUGGCUUGGCUUCUAAUCCGGAGGAGACAGUUGAAACUGGUAACGAGCAUUCAGAUUUCACAGAAAUGAAUCAGGAGGAUGGUGAUCAUGGUUUCUGGCACGAGCAAGAUGCAGGUUCGACCAGAGGGUUCGAUGCUGAUAAUGGAAGUUUCCAGGUGCUACCAGUGGAUGAAAAGCAACAGCCAACUUCUGUAGGAUUUAAUUUUGUUCCUUCAUCUCAGGUUAGUAGCUCUGGCAGUUCAUUUAUGAGACCUCAACAGAACUUUGUCAAGGAAAGCAGAGGGUUGGUAAGGGAAGAUCAUGGUGAUAGUUUUCAGUACCAACACAACAGAGGCAGUGAGAUGUACUCCACCGACAGAAAUGCUAGUUUGAGGUUUGUACCUCCUUCACAGACUAGUUCUUCAAGAAGUAGACCGUCUUCUGAGAGUUCCUGGGAAGCAUCAUCUCUGAAGGUCUCAAAGUCAACAAGAGAGAAGCGUGGAAGGAAAACAGUUCCCUCUGCAGCUCCAGCUACUGGUUAUGGAAAGGGAAAGACUGGGUGGCAACAUGAGGGUUUGUCGGUUGAUCAUGUUUCUGGUCAGUCGGAUGAGGAUAACAGAGACUGGAUUCCUCUGUCAACCGCGAGUAAUGAAAUUGCAGAAAGAAGCACAGGAUCCACAUCUGUGGCCUCUCCACAUGUUCGAAAUCAUCAAAUAGCUGGUUAUGAAUCAGCACAGAUCAGUGGAUCAGAUUCAAUGAUACCCAUAGCUCCCAUGCUUGUGGGUUCAGGUUCUCGACAGAGAGCCAUGGAUAAUUCUGGGGUGGUACCCUUUGCAUUUUAUCCAACAGGACCUCCAGUUCCAUUCCUCACAAUGCUUCCGGUGUACAAUUUUCCAACUGAGACAGGAAAUAGUGAUGCAUCCACGAGCCAUACUGAUAGAGAGGAAAGCCUAGAUGGCAGCCGUAUAAACCAGUCUCAUCAAAAUUUUGAUUUGACUGAGAGCCUUGCUCAUUCAGAGAUCCUCAGUAAUUCUAAUUCUAUGAAAGGUGCUGAUUCUGGGGAGUCUACUGAGGAGCACAAUUCUGAUAUUCUUAACAGUGACUUUGCUAGCCAUUGGCAAAAUCUGCAGUAUGGACGGUUCUGCCAGAACCCACGGUAUCAUGGACCUCUUAUAUAUCCUUCACCUGUAAUGGUACCGCCUGUGUAUUUACAGGGACAUUUCCCAUGGGAGGGUCCUGGAAGACCUCUUUCUGCAAAUGUGAACCUUGUCACACAGCUCAUGAAUUACGGCCCUCGUCUUGUUCCAGUUGCGCCGCUCCAACCUGGUUCUAAUAGGCCUGCUAGUGUUUAUCAGCGUUAUGGUGAUGAAUUCCCUAGAUAUCGUGGUGGUACUGGGACCUAUCUGCCAAAUCCUAAGAUUCCAUUCCGGGACCGGCAAGCAUCUACUACCAGAAACCACAGAGGGAGUUACAAUUAUGAUCGAAAUGACCAUCAUGGAGACAGGGAAGGGAACUGGAACAUAAAUUCGAAACAACGGGCUACUGGACGCAGCCACAGUCGCAACCAAACUGAGAAGCCAUCCUCAAAGCCAGACCGCUUGGCAGCUAGUGAUAGUCGAGCCGAUAGACCAUGGGAUUCAUACAGGCAUGAUUCGUACCCUUCAUAUCAGUCCCAGAACGGUCCAUUCAACUCCUCCAGCUCAUUGCACAGUGGCUCUAACAAUGUAGCGUAUGGCAUGUACCCCUUGCCGUCUGUGAACUCUAAUGGCGUCACACCAACAGGACCUGUUGUCAUGUUGUAUUCCUAUGAUCACAACAGUGGUUAUGGUUCACCUGCUGAGCAGCUUGAGUUUGGUUCUCUUGGACCAGUGCAUUUUUCUGGUGUAAAUGAUGCAUCACAUCUUGGGGAAGGAGGAUCAGCUAGGAGUGUAUAUGAGCAGCAAAGGUUCCGAGGAUCUCCUGCACGAUCCUCACCUGAUCAGCCAUCUUCACCUCAACUUCAUAGAUUGGCGGCCCAGAGGAAUUAUCAAUUGAAGGAUGAGGAUUUCCCACCUCUGUCAUUUCCGAACGAGGGGGUUAAUGGUGGUGGGAACAAUUAUAAUGGCAAACCUUCACAUUAUCAUGCCUUCUUAUUCUCACCUCACUCCUAAAAAAGGAUCUGGGUCUGGUGCCCAAGGGUUUUCUCCCUGUAUAUUUCUCUCAUAUAUAAGUGGACACCCUUUCAUACUAGAGUAGUGUUUGUAUGUACACUACAAAAGUCAAUUUUUUUAACCUACACCUAUAUUACAGGCAUAGAAAAGGAUGAUGGAAGGGAAAUGGGGGUAUUCUUAUUAUUUUGUUCUCUUCCC